GGACCUCCUACCCUACCUGGUCUGGGACUGUCCUAGCCCAGGUGCCCCUCGCCGCCAUGAGGCCCCUCCUGGCGCUUUCGGUUCUGAUGGUGGUCCUGUCCGUGGUUCUGGAAGGCCCAGCCCCAGCCCAGGCCGCCCCAGACGUCUCCAGCACCUUUGAGCAAAUCCCGGGUAAGCUGAAGGAGUUUGGAAACACCCUGGAGGACAAGACCCGAGAAGCCAUCAACCACAUCAAGAACAGUGACUUUGCUACCAAGACUCGGAACUGGUUUUCUGAGACAUUCACCAAAGUGAAGGAGAAGCUCAAAGACACCUUCUCCUGAACUCCUCAGGAUGGAGCCCAGGCCAAGAGGGCGUCCAUGAGCCCCAGCCCGUCACCCCACCUAAUAAAAAUCCUACAAGAAUUC